ACGGCGGGGCAGCAGAGGCGGGCUGCUGGUCCGAGCUGGUCGGCAGAGCUGGGCGGUAGGCGGCGGCUGCGGAGGCAGCGGCAGCAGCAGCGGCUGCCAGCUGGGCCUGUGCUAUUCCCGCCCCCAGGCUGCAGGCCGUGGGAUGGGCAGGGGCAGCUGCAUGGCGGCGGAACCAGGCCCAGGCAUCACUGGGGAAACCUUUAGUGGGGAAAGAUAAACUGAGACGCAACCUGCUGGGAGCCGCUAGACCCUCCUCACCGGAGUCGAGGAGGGAGGAUCCUUCCUUGCCUCAGCCUCUCUUUUGGAGGUUCCGAACUCGCCGGCUGGGAGCGGCAGCACACUCCAGGCAGCUGGACAAACCCCCCGCACCCGGAUGCGCGGCGCCAUGCCGGAGGGUUGAGCGUUGCGUUCGCUGCUCUCUGGGACACAGCAGGACCUCGUCCCGCUUUGUGUGAGGACUGCGCGCCAGGGCCGAGCCCGGGCCGCUGACCAUGGUGCUGCCGCCUCCUGACCGGCGCCACGUGUGCCUGACCACGCUGGUGAUCAUGGGAAGUAUGGCAGUCAUGGACGCAUACCUGGUGGAGCAGAAUCAGGGCCCGCGCAAGAUCGGCGUGUGCAUAAUUGUGUUGGUAGGCGAUGUGUGCUUCCUGUUGGUGUUGCGCUACGUGGCCGUGUGGGUGGGUGCCGAGGUGCGCACUGCCAAGCGUGGCUACGCUAUGAUCCUCUGGUUCCUCUAUAUCUUCGUGCUGGAGAUCAAACUCUAUUUCAUCUUUCAGAACUACAAGGCGGCGCGUCGUGGAGCGGCCGACCCGGUGGCUCGCAAGGCACUGACACUGCUGCUGUCAGUGUGCGUGCCAGGCCUGUUCUUGUUGCUCGUGGCACUAGAUCGCAUGGAGUAUGUGCGCACCUUCCGAAAGCGCGAGGACCUUCGUGGUCGCCUCUUCUGGGUGGCUUUAGAUUUGCUGGAUCUGCUGGACAUGCAGGCCAACCUCUGGGAGCCACCGCGCACCGGGCUGCCUCUGUGGGCCGAAGGCCUCACCUUUUUCUAUUGCUACAUGCUGCUGCUGGUGCUGCCCUGCGUGGCGCUCAGCGAGGUCAGCAUGCAAGGGGAGCACAUUGCACCACAGAAGAUGAUGUUGUACCCGGUGCUCAGCCUCGCCACUGUCAACGUGGUGGCCGUGCUAGCCCGUGCCGCCAACAUGGCACUCUUCCGAGAUAGCCGAGUCUCAGCCAUCUUCGUGGGCAAGAACGUGGUGGCAUUGGCCACUAAGGCCUGCACGUUCCUCGAGUACCGUCGUCAGGUUCGCGACUUUCCACCACCUGCGCUUGCGCUUGAGCUGCAGCCGCCUCCUUCCCAGCGCAACUCGGUGCCGCCGCCUCCACCACUGCAUGGUCCUCCAGUGCGCCCCCACGGACCCUCACCCACUCGUGAUGCAUUGGACACGUGACAGGGCCCCGCGGGCCGCACAGACGCUGGACUAGCUGCGCGGUUUGCAUGGGAUGGGAUGGGGCAGGCUCCCAUUAGGGACAGGUGCUGUGAGUACCUGUGCAGUGAGUGCCUGGGGUUCCGGGGCGCGUCUGCUUCUUCAUCUCAGGAAUCUCUUGGACCGCGGACCCUCAGCUUCCACUCCAAUGGCUCACCUCGAUGCACAGGGCAGCGGGUGAGGCCUGGUCCCGAGUGGAGAUAGAAGCCUCAACCCCCGCUGGGCUGCCAGGGUGGGAAGGGAGGGCAAUGUUCCAGGAGAUCUGGACCUAUGGUAGGGGCCCCUGGCUCGGAGUUUGGGGCCAGGGCGGCCUCUGUCAUUUUAAAGACUUGUGUUUACAGUUUUGUACCCAAAGCCUGGCUGUUCUUCCUGUUUCACAAGUCCCCUGCCUAACAACUGGGCAGAGUGGCAAGGACUGGUGAGUGUUGGGCACCCCGGGGCAGCCAGGUACUUCUGGAGCAAGCAGGUAUUUCUGGGGUCUCUUCAGGUGAUUCUUAGUAGUUCCAGGGUGGGGUCCAUUGUGGCCCUGUGUCAGAGACACUCUUCUCCCACCUCACUGCGCCUGCCCCUACAGACUGCUCUUCCUGAGGUAUCCUGACCUCCCUCUCCCUAUUCCUCAGUCUCUACAGUUGUCCAGGCCUUAUGUCCCUGUCCUUCCCAACUCGGGUUCAGAAGUGUCCUAUACUUCUUCUCUUCCUGUACAAACUAUCUGCCUGUGGGUGACUUGGGCUCAUGACUGCCAGUAUCAAACGGGAUCAGGUGCCAGCUUCGUUCCUAAGUUGAAGCUGCGUGCAGCCUCAGCCAGAAGAGCGGUCUGGCCUCAUAUCACCCCAGCCUGGCCCUGCCCCAGACGCUGGCCAGUCCCGCAGUGCCCUGGCCAAGUGCACAGACCUUGACCGUCUGUCUGCAGGCGGUCUCUCCCUGACCUCUACCCUGAAUUCACUGGGACUGGGAGGGUCUCGUUGUGGCAGGGGUCUUCAGCGAGGGUGUUUGAAGGGCCUUAUCUGUGAGGGGUAAUGGUUACAUAUCUUCCAGGCCUGGCACCUGCAGCACCACGCAGACCCAUGACCUGCCAGGCCCGUGUUCACUGCAUUGCCCAGUGCUCACAUCUGCAUCAUUGUGAUCCAGAGCAGGGGGGCUGCUGUCCAGUCUGACCUGUUGUAGAGGGGCGUGGAUCCAGCUGGGCACGGUAGGGUAGCUCCA